AUGCCUCCCCGCAAACGCAAAGCCGCUCCCUCCCCUUCGCCCGAACACUCUGACGCCGAGGCGCUGAGCGACGCGACCCCGCCUCCCGAAUCCCAACUCGAGUCCCAGUCGCAGUCGCAAUCCCAAAGUCAAAGUCAAGUACUGGAACAGAGCGAGGAGGGUCAGGAAGAGUCACAAACCUCCACCGGGUCUAGCAAGGGUGCUAAGAGGCGCAAAACCACCACUACCACCAAAACAACCACUACCACCAAAACAACCACCAAAUCCACCACUACCAAAUCCACCAAAGCAUCUACAUCCACAAACACCACAAACGCUGCAAACACAAAUGGCGCCGAUAUGUCCAACACCACCCUCGCCCUCCCCCCUCCCACCCCCAACACCCUCAAAAUCGCCGCCUGGAACCUCUGCGGCUGGGCCGCCUGCUCGAAGAAGGGGCUCCUCCCCUACCUCGCGGCGGAGCGCGCCGACGUGCUCGUCCUCACCGAGCACAAGCUGAACAGCGCGCCGUGGCCGCUGUUCCCCGACCCCGCCCUCGCGGCGCGCUACCCGCACGCGUACUGGGCGUUCGCGGACAAGAAGGGGUAUUCCGGGACGGUCAUCCUCUCCACCCGCAAGCCGCUCUCCGUGUCCACCGCGCUCCCGGGGCACCCCGACGCCGCCGCCGUCAACGGGCGCAUCGUCACGCUCGAGUUCCCCAACACGUACCUCGUGGGCACGUACGUCGUCAACGCGGGGGAGAAGCUCAAGACGCUCGACGCGAAGAACGCGUGGAACCUCCACUUCACGCGCUACCUCCGCGCGCUCGAUGCGCGCAAGCCCGUCAUAUGGACCGGCGACCUGAACGUCGCGCCCACCGCGCUCGGUGCGUUCCCUUCCUCACACAUUCACCCAUCCCUCUCACCCGCGUUCCUCCCCACCCCUUCAUUCAAACACCUCGCGAACGCGAAGCGGAACUGGAACAAGUCGGCGGGGUACACGGAGGCCGAGACGAGCGCGUACCGCCGGAUACUGGAGGGCGGGGCGCUGGAGGACGGGGGUCUGCCCCCUGUCUCGCUUCCUCCCCCCGGUGUAGCCCCUGCUUCCGGGUCAGGGGCUGCUGACAAUGAGCUAAGGGAAGGGAAGGGAGGGGAGGGGGAGGAGAAAAUGGGAGGAGAAGGGGAUAGAGAAAAGGAGGAAGAACGGGCGAACGCGGGCGCCAAGCGAGAAGACGGUGAAAACGAGGGAAAUGCGGAUGCGGAUGCGGGAGGAGGAGGAGGAGGAGGAGGAGGAGGAGGAGGAGGAGGAGGGGAGGAGAAAGAAGAGAGGCAGGCAGCGAUAUUCAAAGACGUGUGGCGCGAGCUGCACCCCACGACGCAGGCCUACACGUACUUCUCGUACCGGUUCAACUGCCGCGCGAAGGGCAUCGGGUGGAGGUUGGAUAUGUUCGUGCUGAGCGAACGCAUCGCCGGACGCGCCAAGACGUGCGAGAUCCGGGGGGACGUGUACGGGUCCGACCACGUCCCGCUGGUGCUGGAGCUCGAGGGGGAGCUAUGA